AUGCCCGGCACAGGUAGAAGCAGAAACCGUGCAAGGCGUCACUGCAUGAAGAUAAAGGACAAGUGGAUGGGAAUUACUAAAGGAGAUAUUCGUCGACUUGCACGCCGCGGAGGAGUGCAACGUAUUUCUGAAGACGUCUACGAGCUCAUACGUGGUGUCCUGGGAGUUUUUCUAGAGGAGGUAAUCCAUGAUGCUGUUAUUUACUGUGAACACGUCAGGCGCAAGACCGUAACCGUAAUGGAUGUCGUUUAUGCUCUCAAACGUCGAGGUUACACUACCUACGGUUUUGCAGGAUAG